AUUUUAGAGCUAUGGUAUAAUUUUUAUGAUGUGGGUAAAACCUCAAGAAGUUAGUUUCGCCCGAACAUUAUGGGUUUGUGAAAGAGCAAAUCCUUAUUUUAUCCUUCAACAACGAAAAGGUCAUGGUACCAAAGGAUUUACUUCACUUUUUGUGGGCACAUUUGAUAGUGUUUUUGAUAAAAAACCUCUCCCUUUUCGAAUUCUCCUUCAUUCUUCUACUUCUGAUAGAAAACCCUCGUAAGUAUUUACAUUAGUGAUUUCCAGUGCUUUCUCUAAACAUGAAAUCAUGGAAAACUGGGACUGGCUUGAAAGACAUGUUGUGCCAACUUUAAAUGACUUUGAAAGUGAAAGUGAAAUGAGAAAUUUUGUUGCAUGCAAAAUUGAAAGCUUGGUGGCUCAGAAAUGUUUUGAUAGUAACCAAGAUCCUGACAGUAUGCAGUAUAAGUUAUCGUCCAUAAAAUUUUCUCGAUUGUUUAACAUGCCAAAGGAGGAAAAGUUAGUAAAUUAUUACUCUUGUUGCUAUUGGAAAAAGAAUCUGCCUUGUCAAGGCUGGCUGUAUUUAAGUGUGAAUCAUUUAUGUUUUCAUUCUCAAUUAUUUGGAAAGGAGAUAAAACUGAUCAUUAGAUGGGUAGAAGUUACGCAAAUAGAGAAAAAUGAUUCACUAGUUUUUCCAGACAGCAUAAGUGUUUUGACUCGAACUAGAAAGUUUAAUUUUUCUAUGUUUCUGAAGCUUGAAGAAACGUUUUCUCUUAUGCAACAAUUAGCAAAUAUUGCAAUGAAAAAACUGAUUUCUGAAGAAAGUUUUGAAACUGAUACUGAGCUUGUAAAUAAGUUAAGCAAAAAUGUGCCAAAGAAACCAUCCUAUUUAAAAAGAGAUCUUGAUGCAAGAGCUCAUAGUGAAGCUUAUAGAUCAUCUUUUAGGUUACCCCUCGAGGAAAAGCUUGAUGGCACCACAGAAUGUACUUUGUUGACUCCUUACAACAAACAGCAUGUUUGGGGGAAAAUGUUUCUAUCAAAUAAUUACAUUUGUUUUGAAAGUGAAGUUAGACUUUUGGUGUCAUUAGUGUUACCUUUGAGAGAAAUGCUCAUUAUAGAUAAGGUGAAAGAUGCUGGCUGUGUUAGGAAUGCUUUGCUCAUCACAACGAAAGACAAGAAAAACUUUAUUUUUGGUGAUCUAGAAGAUUUAGAAUUUGUUCUUCAAAAAGUUAGUGAAUUACUUGCAAAAGUUCCAGACGUGAGAUCGCAAAGUUAUGGGUCUGAUAAUUCAGAGGAUGGAUCUAAGAGCUCUGAUAGUGCAAAAAUGAAAAAACCUUGGGAGAUACAGCCUCCAUUAUACAAGAUCUUUAAAGAUGAUUCUGUGAUAUCUGCAGCUGAAGAGCAAAACAAGCUGAAGUUAUGGUAUAUGCAUUUUGCUGAGUAUGGAAGAGGCAUUUUAACCUACAGAACAUGUAAAGAUAGAGAAUUGAUUUUAAAAGGAAUUCCAGUUGAACUCAGAGGAGAAUUAUGGAUGCUUUAUUCAGGUGCUAUUAAUGAGCUGAAUGUAUAUCCAGGAUAUUACGAAUGGCUGGUUGAACAAAGUCAAGGCAAGCCCAGUAUAGCUGCAGAUGAAAUAGAACGCGACUUGCAUCGGUCUCUGCCUGAGCAUUCUGCCUUUCAGUCAGAUCUUGGUAUUGAUGUUCUUCGAAGGGUUUUAACAGCAUAUGCAUGGCGAAAUCCUAGCAUUGGAUAUUGUCAAGCCAUGAAUAUUGUGACUUCUGUUUUAUUAUUAUAUGCUUCAGAAGAGGAAGCUUUUUGGUUAUUAGUAGCAAUUUGUGAAAGAUUACUCCCUGAUUACUUUAACACUAAAGUUGUUGGUGCUUUAGUUGAUCAAGGUGUUUUAGAACAUCUCACCAAUGAGCACCUGCCUGAUAUUCACUCAAAAUUGGUUCCAUUUGGUAUAUUAUCUAUGAUAUCAUUAUCAUGGUUUUUAACAAUAUUUCUUAGUGUGAUUCCAUUUCAGUCGGCUGUGAAUAUAGUAGAUUGUUUUUUCUAUGAUGGAGCUAAGGUAGUUUUCCAAAUUGCGUUAAAAGUUUUAGAAGCAAAUCGGCAAGAUCUGUUAGCUUCCCAUGAUGAUGGUGAAGCUAUGACGGUGCUCAGUGAUUAUUUAAGUAGUGUUGUGACUAAAGAUGAACUUCCUUCUGUGAUUUCUUACCAGAAUUUUAUUCCAGAAUUUAAAAAGCGGCGCAUUCCUGUUGAAAAACUCUUAAAAGAAGCUUAUGCUCAAUAUGGAUUCAUUACAAAUAGUACAAUAGAGCAACUACGCAUGAAACAAAGGCUUAGAGUAGUUCAGGAAUUGGAAGACACCAAUCGUAGAAAUAUUGUUCGAAGUGUUUUUUAUGAUGAACUAGUCAAAUCUGUUUUUUCUCAACAAGAAGUAGAUGACAUUUAUACAUUCAUUAAGGAGGAGCAACUCCGCCAGUUGUACUGGAGCCCUACUGUAGUUUGCAAUGGUCAUGAGAAAUAUGAUCCCACAAUGCCUUUUUAUGAGCAGUGCCUGAUUGAUUAUGAGCUCUUUAGAAUGUCUUUUAAUCUUUUGCCCCCUUGGGGAAAAGGUGAAAAUGCCAAAGUCCUUUGUGCUCGAAUUUUUAAGUUAAUUGAUGAUAAUCAAGAUAACAUGUUGAGCUUUUUGGAGUUCCUGCAGUUCCUUGCAGUUGUUUGUAGAAGUGAUGUAGAAUUGAAACUCAAGAUGUUUUACUUAUGCCAUUUACUCCGUUCAUCUUCUGAUGUAACUAGUGACACAACUUCAUUAUCAGGGGAGCCGGAAGAAGCUGCUGAGGCUGAAGAUUUUUUUAGUAGUAUUGAGAGUAAUACUUCAGCAGCUAGUGAUCCUUCUGCUCAUUCAUUUCCUGCACCAUCAAAUUUACCUGCCGAGAAUUUUACUGCCAAAGAGCUUAAAACUUAUUUGCUUAAUACUUCUCUUCAUUUGCCAAUUAUGAAUCAGGAACGAUUUAUUGAUCUGUGGAAAUCUAUGUAUGAUAUGUUUGUCAUGCAUGAAGAAGAGCAAAAAAUAUAUCAUUGUAUUGCUACAAUUGGUACAUUGCUACUUCAAAUGGGAGAACUUGGAAGUAUAGUUCAGGACCUUGAUGACUUGGAUUUGUAUGGCGACAAUCUCAGUUCCAGUGCGCAAAGCUUAAGUUCAUUGCGAUCAUCAUCCAAAACAGCGAACCAAGUUUCUAAUGAAAGUGAUGAUGAUUCUGUUAGUUGCACAAAGUCCAGCAAAACAGAUUUUCAAACCCAUCCAGAGCCUAAUGCUGAAGAGCAUGUCUUAAAGGAAUGGGGCAUUUCUUUUGAACAAUUCCAAGGAACUCUUUAUACGCAGCAGUUUUUAAUCUCACAAUUUGAUCAUCGGAUAAAUAUAUCCCACGAAAUCGACAGUUAUCGCAAGCAGUGUUUUGAAAAGAUUACAACUUCAUGA